ACUAACUAAACAAUGGUUUCUCAAAUAUGUGAGAUAGGUACAUACUAUUAUAAUAUUAAUAAUUUUGAUAACAUUCCUUUAUUAAAAUAUAUAAAUUAAAGCAGUGAGACCUAUGUUGCGUCAUUACACCAAAGAAACUUAUUAGCAUCAAGAGGAACGCCCUAGAAUUGUUAACAAAAAUGUCUCUCGUCAAUGGAAAAUACGUUAAUGUUGGAGAAGAGGGCUUCAAAGAGUUCAUGAUCAGCCAAGGAGCACCAGAAGACUUCAUGCAACGUAUGAAAGAUGAGAAAAGAAUAGAGGAAUUCAAACUAGAAGGUAACAAACUGACCAAAAGUCAUAUUGUUGAAGGUGAUGCAGACAAAUCAAGAACCACUGAAAUCAUUUUAGGGCAAGAAUAUGAAGAGCAAAUGGGACCUCGUAAAGUUAAAAAUUUGGCCACACUUGACGGAAACGUCCUCAAGAUAACAAGUAUUAAAGAUGAUCGAACUACACCAAUAACAAGGAUAUACACUUUUUCAAAAGAUGGAUUAGUAAUUGUUCACAAGAGUGGCAAGGGAGAAGGAAAACUUAUGUUCAAGCGGUUGUAAGUAAAAAAUAUAUAAAAUGUGUUUAUCAAUUAUGUAAAAUUUUUGAAUAAAUAAUUAUGAAAAAUACAA